AUGCUCAACGCAUGGCGGGCUGCCGCCUCCUGCCGGUUGUCAUGUAUCGCCGCCUUGCAGCACCCUGACCUCAGCCACGAGGAACGUAUGUGCGUCUCGCAAUCCAUCGACGUUAGUACAGAUGCAUGCGAAGAUAUUGGUUCUGCGGUGUACGCCAUGCUUGGCUACUGGCCGUUUACAUUUGAGACGGCAGAGCCACUUGGAUUCCCGGAAGAAUCGACGGAGCAGCAAUACGAAAUGCGGAUUGAGCAGAUUCAGCCUGCGCUUUGUCCUCCAUUGGCUCAGGAUACAUCCACGCAAUACGAUCCGCUCGACGAGGGUCUACCGACAACAACAACAACAUCACCACCGCUUCCCCACCACGAGAAUUCGACACCCGACGAUCUCUCACUUCGACUCGAAGCAGUCUAUGUCGCUCCACGGCGGCGUGACCUCCCGCGGACGAAGAGUCCGAAGAUUCUGCAGAUUCAGGGGCCGCCUCCGAGGCGGACUCGGCGGCGGACUCGGCGGCGGACUCGGCGGGAGAAGCAGACGAAGAUGCCGAAGAUUUUACCGACUCCCCCGCCGACUCCCACUGAGGAGGAUCUCAUACAUACUGAUUGGGAGAGCUCCGUUUUGGGAUUGCCGAGGCUGCGGCCGAAAGCUCCUGGACAAGCAGACAAGGCCUAG